AGAGAGAGAGAGGAGGGAACGAGCUGUGAGGGAACAGACUGCAGUGUUUCCACAUAUUUGGUGUUUUUUCUUUUCAUGGAGCUGCGUGUUGAGUGGAGGAGAUUCAUGUGCAACGGUUGCACACACAUGCAAACACAGAGACUUGCCUCUUGACUUUAGUUGGACUUCUCAUUCACAUCGCUCAGUGGCACGGAGUCAGACUGAAGAGGAAUGUGUUUGUGUGUGUGUGUGGAUGUUUGACAGAAGGCCAUUUGGCUCCACGCACCUGCGCCCACACACACACACACACACGCACACACACGUCCUCCCGAGGCCGAGCCGCUCCUGUAAACAUUUAGUUUAUGGACUUGCUUUUGAAUGGAUGGAAUUCUCCGCCUCCUUUUGAAGGACAGCAGAGUGGCUGCUGGAGGAGGCGCUCUGCUCUCUCUCUCUCGGCCUCCGUUUGACUCUUUUUGACGUGAUGUGCACGUGCACGCCUGUUUCGUAGAGCGCUUCUUUCUGCAGAACGAGCUCCGUGCAGGAGAUGCAGUCAGAUCGAUAAGGAUAUUCUGCACACAACAAUGAGGCCGAGAUAAGUCUCAUAUGCUGAGAGUUAUUGUCUAAACAUUCAUGCAUCACAUCAGAUGAAAGGCUUCCACCACGGAUCCGUUCGCCCUUCAGCAUCACGGCCUUGAAUUGUGGGGCCCUCAAGCGACACCGAGUCAGCUGUCUCUCGAGGGUCGGUCUUGCGUUCCUAUUUAAAUAAUCGCCAUCAAAUAUUUGAAGAAGACAAUUUGGCGGUUCCCACGGCAGCCUGGUAACCCCUACCCUGGAGACCCGUCAGGCCGCAAAAAGCCCCUCGCCACAGCCUGUGGGUUGUGUGACAUUCACUGCGAGUUGCAGAGUUUUGACAGGGUGUGAUCCACGGCCGGCCCGCAACACGACACUGUUCUCCCUCCUUGUGCUCCACUCCCUGCGCGCAGCAUGUGACCCGUCCAUCCACCGAGGACGAUUUAAGUCAGUGAUGGACGCUGCGUGGCCGCCUUUAUGAGGAGUGAACCAGGCCGCUUCUUCUGAACAUACUGCGGAUUCUUCUAUGGACGCGCAUUGAGGUGCAGCGUCCAGUGCACACGAGUGAAGUGGAAGGAAAGGAAGAUGGCGCCCCCUCCUCCCCCACCGCCGCCAGGCCCCCCUCCCACCUUUUCUAUCGCCAACACAGAGAAGCCGAGUCUGAACCGCUCGGAGCAGAGUGGAAGGAACGCUCUGCUGUCUGACAUCGCUAAAGGCUCCAGACUAAAGAAAGCUGUGACCUGUGACCGCAGCGGGCCUCUGCUGGACAAACCUAAAGGAGGAGGCGGAGGCGGAGGUGGUGGAGGUGGUGGUGGAGGAGGAGGAGGAGGUGGUGGUGGUGGUGGUGCUCCUGCUGGGUUAGGAGGCCUGUUUGCAGGAGGGAUUCCAAAACUGAGGUCUGCAGGAAGCGCUGUUAAAAAUGACUCCGCACCCAGCCGAGGGCCUGUGUUCCCCCCGGGGGGUCGCUCUGGUGGGCCCACCCCUUUCGGUGGGGGCGGGGGCUCCACUGGACCGCCCAAACUCCCAGGGGCCCCCGCUGGCGGCCGCGGCAACGUCCCCGAUCUUCCCAAGGGCCGGCCGAGUUUCUCGUCCAGACAAGACACUCCAGGAGGCCCCCCGCCGGUGCCCAACACGCCUCGACCCAGCCAGGCCUUCCAGCCCCGUGGGGGGCUUCCUCCGCCAGCCCUCCCCGGGGGACCCAGGCCGCCCCCGUCUUCUGGACCUCCGCCUCCUGGUCUUCCGCCGGGCCGGCAGGGACUUCCCCCACCAGGCGGCUCCCCAGCUGGGCCCAGACCGGGAUUUUCUGCACCCCUUCCUCCACCCCCGAACAGCAGCAGACCCUCCCUCCCUCCAACUCCCCCCGGAGGGAGGCCCCCGCUCCCCGACGACCGGCCCCCGCCGCCGCCCCUGGGAGGCCACCGGCCGUCUAUGCCCCGCGACGUGCCCCCCCCUCCUCCUCCCUCCGGCAACUCCAAGCCUCCUCCACCCGUCUCGCCCUCCUCUGCCUUCCGUCCCUCGGCCGGAGGGGGCGCGCCCCCCCUACCGCCUGGCCGACCGGGCCCCCCUCCUCUCCCGUCCUCCCCGGCUGGCGGUGACGACCACAACACCCCCCGCCUGCCCCAGAGGAACGUGUCGCUCAGCAGCCAAGCUCCAGCUCUGCCACAAGGUCGGAUGGGUGCUCGCCCUCCUCCACCAGAAGAGAGACCUCCAUCUCUUGGAAGGAACCAGUCGUCCACACGCUCAGGGCCUCUUCCCCCACUCCCUCCCUCAGGCCGUGGCGUGGGCGGGGGCAGUUUGAGGUCAUUACCUCCGCCGUCUCCCAUUGGUCGGCCGGGCCCGGAGCCCCCCCGCGGGGGAACCGGCAGCAGACCCCCCCUCCCUCCGGACCGGCCGGGCGUCGGAGGGGCCCCCCCACCACCACCAGCCCACAUGGGUAACGGCUUCCAAAACUCCCACCACAACCAGAUGCAGGAUGAGUGGGAGUAUCGCUUCACAUUCCAUCCGGUGUCGGACCUUCCUCCACCCGAGCCCUACGUACACUUCCAGAAGACGUACCCCAGCAAGCUGGGCAAGACUGACGGGAGAGGUGCUGGCAAAAAUGAGCGAGGAGCUCCUCCUCUUCCUCCUUUACCCAGGUGAAGAAGAGGUGUCAGCAAACACGAACCCCGGGACUACUUUCUCUCUCUGUUUCGCUCAUUGGAACCACUCCUGCGAACAAACGCGCUCUCAGUGCCUCGUACGAGUGAUUUAGGACUCCUUCACCGAUCAUCCCGUGUUUCGUAUUCUCUCUUUGGUACGACUUUAGCUUACCUGAGGUCCAGACCUGUUGUGCUGCUGUUAUUUAGGCCUUUAAAUAAUGGCUUGUUUAUUACUUUUAAGUAGUUUUUAACUCUCAGAAUUAUACUUCCUGAAUAUGUUGCUGUUAUUCUGUUCGAGGCCGAUUAUAAAUCUAAAUAUGCACAUAAGCACAACAAUAUUACUAUAAAACAGAGCCCAUUGUGUAACAAUAUCAAUACAAACAUCUUAACUAAUUCGACCCACUUGCUGUAGUGAGCGGUUCCCUUCCUUCCUUUAGCAGGUAUUUCUCUCUUUGUGCAUCUUAGAAAGCAGAAAUUCCACACAGGACACGUUGGGAGUAUUAUUUGUGUCCUUAUGCUGUUCCAAUGUGUCGGACUUCAUCGUGUUCACGCUGGUCACGCAGUACGAGAACCUCCCGAUAACCGGUGGGCUUUUGUUGUACGGGAUGGACUCAAAGUUUGGUUUGAUAAUAAUAAUGUGCGUCUGUAGCAGUGAAGACCAAAGCCUGUUUAUUCUCCGGUACACCGUGUUCAGAGGGAAAACAAAAAAGUUGGACCUCCUUUUUGUCGCUGGACUUCAGUCAGAGGGCUUUGUUGACCUGGUUCCUGUGAGACAUUAAAUCACAUUGACUUCCAUCAACUAACCGUUUUUUCACCCAUUUUCAUUUUACCGGGUAUAAUGGAUUCCAUAUUUUGCUUGCAAGACAUUAUAUUACACCAACCAGCUACGUCUCUUAUGAAACAAAACACUUACUCGACAAGCAAACCAGCGUUGUUCAUAUAGCGCGUGCACCAGGGUCAGUAAAUGCAACCGAUCAGACGGGUUUAUCUCCUCUGCUGCCUCUCGACUCGCGUCAAGCCUUUUUUUUCUAUUCAGGAUUGUAUUUUCAGGCUGCUUCAAAGAGUUAAGGGAGUAAGCCGUCUGUGCCUUAAAGUGUGUGUGUUCAGCUGGAUUGAUCACCUCUGCUGAUGGUAAAAUGAAGCCUGCAGUAGAACACUCGGCCUAGCGAAGGAUCCACACGCAGGCCGACAUGCAACCCAACUGAGAAAUGACCACGACCUCUUUCCACCGCUGCAGAAACACGUCGGGGGGAAAAGGGAUGUGGUUAUUUAUUUAUUUUGACAUUUUUGCCAAAGCCAUGUGUGCCUUCAUAGUACAUGCAUCUCCAUCUGUGUCUUCUGUUGGAACCACUGAGCGGUACUUUUCUUUUCAUUGUUAACUGUGACGAUGUCUAUGAUUGUGAUGCUUUUUUGUUCAUUGGAAGACAUAUUUUUUUUAUUUACUAUUUUGCUAAAAGCUGCGUUAAUUUGGCACGAGGGGCCGUGUGUAUCUGAUUUAAUCAAGAGGUAUUGAAGGACUGUAUUAUUUUAAGUUAUGUUUCUAUCCUGUAAUAUGUUGUUUUGCUUCCCCGUGCUCGGCUUUGAAUGGUCAUUUGUACGUGGGAUGUGCUAUUAUCAUGUGUCGGUCAAAGAGACAAUCAUAUGGAAGUAAAGAUAUUUACAUCAAUAAAUAAAAAUGCUUUAAGAUGCUUAUUGUGCUUUA